UCUUCAUUGAGCGGACGUGCUUUCACUGAAGGCAGUAUUACCGUAAUAACAGAGGUCAACAUGACACUAACGUGUUAAAAACAGAAAUGAUGAAAUACUCAUGUGCGGAGUUCUCGCGGUAAGCCAGCGGACAUGGCUUCUGGUGUGUUACUCUUCGCUGCUUGUUUGGCUUUCGGUGGAAACUUGGUGUCAGGGGACAGAUCAUUCUCCAUAGACUACAAAAACAACUGUUUCCUCAAAGAUGGCAAGCCUUUCCAGUACAUCUCAGGCAGCAUCCAUUACUCCAGAAUCCCCUCUUACUACUGGAAGGACCGGCUGAUGAAGAUGUACAUGGCUGGACUCAAUGCCAUCCAGGUGUACGUGCCCUGGAACUACCAUGAAACCACACAGGGAGUGCAGAACUUCACAGGAGACCGAGAUCUGGAGCAUUUUUUGGAUCUGGCCAAUCAGACAGGUCUCCUGGUGAUCCUGAGACCAGGACCGUACAUCUGUGCAGAGUGGGAAAUGGGUGGACUACCAGCGUGGCUACUCCAGAAACAAAACAUCAUCCUUCGCUCAGAUGACACAGAUUAUCUCCAGGCGGUCAGCAACUGGCUCGCCAUCCUUCUCCCCAAAAUGAAACCCUGGCUGUACAUCAACGGCGGUAACAUCAUUACAGUGCAGGUGGAGAAUGAAUAUGGAAGCUACUACGCCUGUGACUACAACUACAUGCGUCACCUGCAGACCUUGUUCCGGUUCUUUCUGGGUGCAGACACUGUCCUGUUCACCACUGACGGAAACACAGACAGAGAAAUGAUGUGUGGGACUCUGGAGGGAAUGUACGCCACUGUCGACUUUGGCAUAGAAACCAACAUAAGUGAAGCCUUCGAACGGCAAAGACGGUUUGAACCCAAAGGACCCCUGGUGAACUCAGAGUUUUACACCGGCUGGUUGGACCACUGGGGAGAUCAGCAUGCUUUGGUUAAUGCUCAGAAGGUCAGCAGACUGCUAGGCCAAAUGCUAACCAUGGGGGCCAGCGUCAACAUGUACAUGUUUGAAGGAGGCAGUAACUUUGGCUACUGGAAUGGUGCUGAUCAUGACACCAGGUACCGUGCAGUAGUGACGAGCUAUGAUUACGACGCCCCGCUGUCUGAGGCUGGAGACCCCACAGAGAAGCUGCUGGCCAUCAGAGACGUCAUUAAGCUGUUUAGAGAGAUUCCCUCUGGGCCCAUGCCACCAGCAACGCCUAAGUUUGCCUACGGCUAUGUGAGCCUGAAAAAGGUUGGAAGCAUCAGCAGCCUACUGAGCAUCCUCUCUCCACUCAGCCCGGUGAAAUCCCAACAUCCUCUCAGCUUUGAAGAAAUAAAACAGUUCUAUGGAUACGUGCUCUAUCGGACCAAGCUGCCCAGGGACCUCCCACAACCCACGCCACUCAUAUCUCCACUGAAUGGGGUUCAUGACCGUGCAUACGUGUCCGUCAAUGGGGUUUACCAGGGCCUGCUGGAGAGGGAUACUGCCCUUGUGAUGAAUGUCAGUGGACAGCAGGGGGACACUUUAGAUAUCCUGGUGGAGAACAUGGGCAGGGUGAACUUUGGAAGCCAGAUCAACGACUACAAGGGUAUCUUGAGUGACUUGUUCCUGGGUAAAGACAUACUGAUGGACUGGCUCAUCUACCCUCUGGACAUUGAUGGAGCCAUCACUGCUGGAUGGCCUCAGGCAGACGCCGAGAAGUCCUUCACCCCCCUUCAGAAGGAAACUUCAGUUGGACCCGUGUUCUACUCAGGGACCUUGCAGCCUAAUGGACUGUCCUGGGACACUUUUCUAAAGCUCAGUGAUUGGACAAAGGGUCAGGUUUGGAUUAAUGGAAUUAAUCUGGGACGAUAUUGGCCAGCCAGAGGCCCUCAACAGACUCUUUAUGUACCUGGACCCCUGCUCAGCACCACACAGCCCAAUAACAUCACAGUGCUGGAGCUGGAGGGGGCUCCAGCACACCUCAGGGUCCUUUUCAUGGACCGGCCUCAGCUGGACAGCCCAGCGGGAAAAUCCUGA